GUCUGUGCGCUUCAUCAUUGCAAUCUGGAGCUUCACCCUGCUGGUGCACAUUUGUGCACACAAUUGAAAACACUCAGGAGGGCGGACAAAAGCCUUUGUUGCGCUUUAAAAAGGAUGUUGGGAAAUUAGUUUCAUGUGCAUAUGGUGCUGAGGUAGAACAUCACCCAGCAUUUGGACCCAAGAAGAGACAAAGGUGAUGAUGCGGGCCUCCUGGAGGACAUGUCUGCACGCGUGUUUCCUCCUGCUGAUGGUGGGGAAACUACAGGGUAAGGUAUCGGCACCGGAGCGUACUCAAGCCACCGUGGGGAAGCCGUUCACGUUAACCUGCGCCCUUUCGAGGGACAGAGGCGAAUCUGUGAGACAGGUGCGCUGGCUGGAUGUCCAGAACCAGACGCUGCUGAGCUACCAACCGGGCAACAGGGACAGUGUGAGCGGACAGCAGCAUGUGGAGCUCACCCCGUCUUCAAAGGACACCUCGGCCGUCACCAUCCAGAGGGUCGGCUUCAGAGACGAAGGUUGCUACACUUGCAUCUUUGACAUGGUCCAUUCGGGUCCGAAGCAAGGACGCACCUGCCUGAUCGUCACUGCAUCAGUGGCUGUAGACGGCAACAAGACAGCCGUCAGCGGCAAGAAAGUGUCCCUCUCGUGCUCCUACGGUUUGCCUGAGAAAGUGCAGCAGGUCACGUGGAGGUACACCUCAGCGCAGGGGCGCUCUUCGGACGUGGCCUCCUUCGCCAAGAGGAGCGACCCCAUGAUAGAGCCUCCUUACCAGGGGAGGGCGUGGCUCAGCGCCUCCCUGUCGGAGAGCAGGCUCACCAUCCAGCCCGUGGCCAUCCAGGACGAGGGCUGCUACACCUGCCUGUACAGCACGCAUGAAGACGGGCCAAAAAGCUCCACGGUGUGCCUCUCCACAUACGCGCUGCCCAAACCUCAGGUUAUCUACAAGAGCACGUCCUCCGGGCUGAUCGAGGCCAACUGCAGCGCCGUGUCGCGGCCCCCCGUGGAGAUCGUGUGGAACGUGGAGCAAGACAACCGCACAAUGGGCCCGCCUGUCACCACGCUGCUCCCUCAGGAUGACGGCACCACGCUGGUGGUCAGCACGCUCAGUCUGCAGUCGGGCCUGCUGAAGGACGUGUCUGUCAAAUGUCUGGUGCACCACCGAGGCCUGGAGGCCCCCAUCGCUGUCUCCAUGAACACCAAAAUUGGUACGGCCCUGGCCAUCCUCAUCUCAGUCACCACGGUAGCAGCCCUGUUGGUCCUGGCCCUCUGCUUCUGCCUCUGGAAGUGUUUCCUGCGCAAAGACGCUGACUGAUCAUUUCACUUUGGACCAAAACAUCUCUAUCAGGGACGACGCCUCCAAUGGAUGUCAAUCACGAUCCUAAAUAAGAUCAGCAACUUUGUGACAUUCAUCUUCGCGUGUGUGUCCGACUCCUGUUUAACCACUCCAAGCAAAAGUCACUGAAAGACAAAAUAAAUGUUCUGCUUUUCUUAUACUAUAUUAUCUUCUGUGUAUUUACAAAACGUAGGCGGGUUUCGGAAGAUAUUAGCUAAUCUUGAUCUUAUUUGUGGGGGGAUUUCAAAAGAUGUUAAAUCCAUCUAACUAAAUGCAUCCAUCCAAACAUUUUCUAUGCCGCUCGCCCUCACUAGGGUCGCGGGGGUAUGCUGGAGCCUAUCCCAGCCGACUACAGGCGAGAGGCAGGGUACACCUGGACUGGUUGCCAGCCAGUCUCUCAUGUGGAAUUAUUUGACAAGAAAUAUAUAUACUGUAUAUCAACAUUUAAUUGAAUUUGAGACCUUAAUAUAAGACCUGGCGAGUACUGUACUACAGGCCUAAUCACAUAGCAUACAUCACUUACCUAAACUACUGCAAAAACGCUGUCAAAAAUCCUCUAUGUGACAGGACCGCUCUGCUGUUUCUAAGGAACUACCACAAAACACUAGUCAAAGAUCCUCUCUUUACGAGGAGCGCUUAGCUGUUUUUUAAGGUAGAUAUGCAAAAAUAUAUAGUUAUAUUAAUAAUAUGCGCUGCCUCUUAAAGACACAUUAAAGUAGGACCCACAAUUUAAGUAACUGUAAUCCAAACAAAGAGAAAUACAGUAUAUGACAUGUACAUUGUGACUGAAGUUGUAAUAAACACAACGACUAGAAUAAUGAAGUAUUUUUUAAAAUAAAUAUAUAUUUGAUAAAUGUUCAGUGUUGUUUGUGCCACUUAAAGUGAGUUGUAAUAAAAUACAAAGCAAACACGUCCUAAAGCGGUGGCCAGAUGCUUGCAUUCUUUCAUCCUGAGCCAGCAUGAUGAUUGAUGCUGUACGCUUUUUUUUUUAACUCACAUAGUUCAUACUUUCCCCCCACUUUUUCCAUUGUCAGCGAUGUCACAAGCUUUCAUUUGUUCUGCUUUUUUGACAGAAGUUAAACACUUAUUUACAGCGGUUCACUUCAUUUUGAAAUAUAUAUGUAUGUAUAUACUGUAUAUUAAAAAUACUAUUUUAUAAUAAACAAUAUAUCGGGUUAAAAGUCAGGGUUCGGUUGGUGUUAGGUUUCAGGGUGGCGUUAGCUCUGUGUGUCUUCAAGGUAUGACGGCUCAGCUUUCAGUGAGACCACUUCCUGACCUUCCACACAAAGAUAGUAAGGACAUAUUUAAUACUUUGCACAUAAGCUCUGGCAUACACCGUAUUUAUGAAACACUUCUCUAUACAGUUGCUGGCUCAGUUCACACACUGCGUGAGUGCAGUGGAACACAUUAUGUACGCCUUUGUGAUGUGAACGUGGUCCUGAUGUUUCUUGUUUUGUCUUGAUAUAAUCUUCCCAAUCAAAUCUUUUGUUCUGGAAAAAAAGCUUGAAACAAUUGAGGGGCUGAUAAUUGGUUCAUGUUGCGUAUUCUUGCAGUGAUUGAGAUCCGACAGAGAAAUAAAUGUUUG